GGUAACAUUAAAGAACUCAAGUCGUGUGUGAAGCGUUUGAGAUAGCCUACAAAAAGUGAGUGCAAUCACGAAAAAACACUCACACAAACGUCAACAUGAAUGUUCCCGAGGAGGAGCCGCUGGAAAAUAACGAGAUAUCUGUUGGCAGAUGUCUAAUGGACAACUGGGUUGAGGAGCGAGCCACUGCGCUACUGGACAACUCCAUGCCAAGAACACGUAUCCACAAGAACGGUCAUAGGGGAAUUCUGACUCUGGACAUGACUGCUAAAGUGCAAGGGCUUAGCACGAUUAAGUCCUCCUACACCCCUCCAAAAGGCCCUGGCAUAAGAGAGAAGGGAUUGCGUGGAGAGCUUCUGGAGAAAUACCUCUUUGAGAAAAUAAGUGCGGAGGUCCAGGCAGAGUUCAAUCCAAAGCCACCAGCCACUGAAUUCUGCUCCACCACCCAGGCAGACUACACCAUGGAGGGCUUUAGAUGCGUCAGCCCGACGAUUCUAUCCCAGGAAUAUGACUACAAAACAGACCAGGCCAUCACAUUGUGGAAUGAAAACUACCACCUUCUUCAGGGUGUUACAGCGGUCACGACCAAAGAUGCACCAUUCAGGAAGAACACGUCCUUCAGCAAGCCUAUCAGUGAACAGUUGGAUAAUGCUAUGCUGUAGACAAUUUAGAAAAGCCUAGUCCCAUUUUGUGAAAGGUCACUAUCAUGGUAUUCAAAAUAGCAGUAUUCAUUCAUGUGCACAGUUUCUUUUCAUAUUAUUCAUAUAUACAAUUAUAUUUUCUUGUAUUUUACAGUUGUUAUGAUAGGGAAAUGAUAAACAACAGUUGUGCAUUUUUAUAAGGUAAUUAAAUUGCAUAGUUUGGUGUUUA